AUGUCUAACCACUUUCUCAGAGGUUGUGGGCCCAGGUUUUAUCUUCGAAAGGGUAAGAUUGGAAAGGCAUGUGGGGCUGUUAUUGUAAAUAGGCCAGAUGAACUUCAAGAAUCUGAUGUGGGAACUGGAGCUGGACUUUUUGAAGUGAAAAAGAUCGGUGAUGAGUUUUUUGCUUAUAUUGUUGAUUGUCAAGAUCCGAAAGCGUGCACUACUCUUCUUAGAGGUGCUAGGAAGGAUCUUUUAAAUCAAGUAGAGAGAAUUUUACAGGAAGAGAAAUCGAAGUUUGAAGAUCGAACAAUAGAUGGAACGGAAUUGAAGGAGGGAGGCGGCAACGGUACUAACGGAAGAAGGCAGCGACAGAACUGGCAAACGGAGGCGAAGAUGGAAUUGGCGGACAGAGGCGGCGACGAUAAUUGUGGACGGCGACGGUGA